AUGUCGAAAAAUAUGGAGGAAGCCAACUUGCUUGCUGUUCAACAACGGGUAUGUGCGAGUAUUGUCGAGCUUGACAUAAAUCUUCACCGCAUUUCCCAAUUAUACAGCUUCGGCAAGCAUCUUACUACCAAGCCUCGCAAACAUCGCACAACAACCACCAACUGCAGUGCUAUGAACGUUAUCCACAACUUCCAAAAGAAGGGCUUUGUCGUCAUGUACCGCGCGGUUCCCGACGACGUGACCGACCACCUUCGCUCCUUGGCUCGUGACAACAAGAACCUAUGGAUCCACGAGACUUGGAACGAUGUGCUCACUGAUGACAAUCGUGUUCGGGCAUUAGUGCCUGACAAUACUGCGCAGGCCCUGUCCGAGGAUCUACAGCGCUUCUAUCUGACCUUCUUCCCGGAUUCCAAGGUGGCUGAGUGGCAGUUCCUGAAGACUGUCGCGGGUGCAUCGAACUAG